GUCAGCGCAGCACGCUCCUGUGCCAGGGUGACUGUCUAGAAGGCCUGGCUCCCAGCUGUCCAUCUCCUUCCCCUGUCCCAGGAUCCUGCAGCCUAGGCGGGAGGUGGUUAAGGCUUCUGGCAGCUCAGCAGUGGGGCCAUCUGUGUUUGAUCAAUCCAGGCGGAAAGGAGGGGGUGGGGGCCAUAAAGAGACUGAAAACAUUCCAGAGUAGUGAGAGAGACCAGAGAUCCAGAAAGAGAACGCACCGCCCCCACCCCGCCUCCAAAGUAACCCGCAGGCUCCAGUGGAGGAGCCUGGGGCACUCAUCCACAUUGGUGCCGCCAGCCUGCAGCCAUGGGGCCCCGCAGCGCCUCGCUCCUGGUCUGGCUGCUGCUGUCGUGGCCCAGACCCCUUCACGGCCAGCAGCACCACCUGAUGGAGUACAUGGAGCGCCGGCUGGCCGCCCUGGAGGAGCGUCUGGCCCAGUGCCAGGACCAGAGCACCCGGCAGGCCGCAGAACUCCGUGACUUCAAGAACAAGAUGCUGCCGCUGCUGGAGGUGGCCGAGAAGGAGCGGGAAGCGCUUAGAACCGAAGCGGACUCCCUCUCGGGGAGAGUGGACCGUCUGGAACGUGAGGUUGACUAUCUGGAGACCCAGAGCCCAGCUCUCCCCUGCGUGGAGCUUGACGAGAAGGGGGCCGGAGGCCCCGGGACCAAAGGCAAGGGCAGAAGAAACGAGAAGUAUGACAUGGUGACCGACUGUGGUUACACAGUCUCGCAGGUGAGAUCCAUGAAGAUCCUGAAGCGCUUUGGGGGCCCAGCUGGCCUGUGGACCAAGGACCCGCUGGGGCCCACGGAGAGGAUCUACGUGCUGGACGGGACGCAGAACGACACGGCCUUUAUCUUCCCGCGGCUGCGCGACUUCACCCUGGCCAUGGCUGCCCGGAAAGCCUCCCGAGUGCGCGUGCCCUUCCCCUGGGUGGGCACGGGCCAGCUGGUGUAUGGAGGCUUUCUUUACUAUGCGCGGCGGCCUCCGGGAGGGCCGGGCGGGGGCCGUGAGGCCGAGAGCACGCUGCAGCUCAUCAAAUUCCACCUGGCGAACCGGACUGUGGUGGACAGCUCGGUGUUCCCCGCCGAGGGCCUGAUCCCCCCGUACGGACUGACGGCCGACACGUACAUCGACCUGGCAGCCGACGAGGAGGGCCUCUGGGCCGUCUACGCCACGCGGGAGGACGACAGGCACCUGUGUCUGGCCAAGCUAGACCCGCAGACGCUGGACACAGAGCAGCAGUGGGACACCCCGUGUCCCAGGGAGAACGCCGAGGCCGCCUUUGUCAUCUGCGGGACCCUCUACGUGGUCUACAACACCCGCCCGGCCAGUCGCGCCCGCGUCCAGUGCUCCUUUGACGCCAGCGGGACGCUGACCCCCGAGAGGGCGGCGCUCCCCUACUUCCCCCGCCGCUACGGCGCCCACGCCAGCCUGCGCUAUAACCCCCGCGAGCGUCAGCUGUACGCCUGGGACGACGGCUACCAGAUUGUCUACAAACUGGAGAUGAGGCGGAAAGAGGACGAAGUUUGAGGAGCCGGCCUUGCUUUGGGGGACGUCUCGCAGCCUCCUGACAUUUCUCUCCCCUCCAAAUUCCUUGUUUCUCAUUUUCAGGGUGGACUCGCUGUGGCUUGGACCCCGUAUUUUUAGCCAGUGGAAGCCAGGCCCUUACAGCCCCUUGAUUUUGUGCAGGACUCCGGUCAGUACUUGAGUAAUCCUUUGAGACUGACAGCGAGAAAACCCUUUCGCCUGCCCUGCCUCAAGGAAUGUUAGGCCAGAGAAAACCCAGACCCAGACCUCAGUCCGGCAAAAGGGCACCCGGUUCUCUCCUGCGGGACUUUGAGUCAGGAGAGGCCAGGAGGCGGCUGGAGCCACCCUCCGCUCUCCUCCCUUUGGUGCCGGAGAGAGCGCGACUUUCUCCCCAUCAUUUUGUAUUGCAGCAUUUUGCAUUAAAAGGAAA